AUGGGUAACGAAUAUUCGGGUCAUCAUCAUCAUCACCAUCGCCCUCCACAUCACCAUCACCAUUGUCCUCCACCACCACCUGUUCCUGGUUAUUGCCCAGCACCACCACCAGUGCCCGGCUAUUGUCCACCGCCCCCAGUUCCUGGUUACUGUCCACCACCACCUGAUUAUUGUGCACCCCCACCAGUUCCUGGCUACUGUCCACCACCUCCAUCUUAUCAUCAUCAUCACCAUCAUUAUUAA